AUGUCCAACCAACAGCAUGUGAACCCUAGAACCAUCCAAGACAAGUUCAUGGUUGGGUAUCAGGGGUGGUUCACCUGUGCUGGGGAUGGACCACCCCUAGGACCCGGUCAUCAUGGUUGGCUGCACUGGUUUAACUACCCUAUCCCUGAUGGAGGGCGUCCUAAUACCGAUUUGUGGCCCGACGUAUCGGAUUAUUCGCCAUCCGAGUUGUAUCCCGCCCCAGGGCUCAAGUACUCAAAUGACGAGCAAGCAUUCCUAUUCUCUUCGCGCCACCCGAAGACCGUGCAGAGGCAUUUCCGAUGGAUGGCAGAGCAUGGCGUAGACGGUGCUUUCCUGCAACGUUUCGCUGGUCAGACUGACCUGGAAGCAGGAAAUGAAGCGAUCAGGAACCAAAGGGACGAGGUAGGCGACCGGGUCAGAGAAGCUGCGGAGCAGGAAGGUCGAGUCUUUGCGAUCAUGUAUGACAUCGCUGGCGUGUCUCCCGAACGAAUACAGAGGGUCAUCGAACACGACUGGAUGCAUCUCAUCCACGAGAAAGGUGUCCUAGAUAGCCCUAGCUAUCUUCGAGAACGUGGACGUGCAGUCGUCACUCUAUGGGGAUUUGGCUUCGCAGAUACGGGACAUGAUCCCGCUACAAUUCGUGCAAUUACGGCGUUCAUACGGAACAACACGCCUGGCGGUGCAUACAUCAUGGCUGGCAUUCCUGCGCACUGGCGCACAUCUGUGAGCGAUGCUGAUCCCAAUCCGGAAUUUGUCAACGUCUGGCUGGAGGAGUUUGAUGCACUUUCUCCUUGGACUAUCGGCAGGUAUCACAACGAGGAGACAGCAGAUUGGUUCGAGAAGGAGAAGAUAAAGGGAGAUGUCGAGCUAAUCAAUGAGAGGAACAAAUUAUGGGAGCAGGGCAAAGUCAAGAGGAAGAUUGACUACAUUCCAGUCAUCUUUCCUGGAGGAUCUGGUCACAAUCUCUCUGAGGGAAAAUGGGGAUGGAAUGAUGCGCCUCGACAAGGUGGACGAUUUAUGUGGAGACAAUUAGUGAAUGUGCGUCGCCACGGCGUGCGCACAGUUUAUGGUGCGAUGUGGGACGAGUACGACGAGGGGACCGCAUUUCUACCAGUUGUAUCGAAGAAACACCAAGUGCCUGUGCUAGAGACGCACAAGUUCAUGGCCCUUGACGAAGAUGGAUAUGACCUACCGCCAGAUUGGUAUAUGCGUAUCUGUGGGUUCGCAGGCGAAAGCCUUCGGGGUGAGCGCAUCCUUCACGACACCUUCCCUUCCAAGGAACUGGAAGACUAUUGGUCGACACGACCACGCUAUGAGGAUAACGAAGCGCAAGCGGGGCCGUCGAUGUCUAGUGAAGGAAAGUCCUCAGGCUACGCCGAAUGGUCCAAGGCCUUAGAAGGCCAUGAGGGUGAUGUCGACGUACCCCCUCCUCCAUAUACGCUAGAGAUGGAGAACCCUGCCACCGAGCCCGUGACCCCUGCGGCACCUGCUGCAACACAUCUUGGGACCUCGGUAUUGCGCGCAGGAAGUGUAGGACCACCGUUACCUCCACCAUCAACGCGCCCUUCUCGAAGUUCAACAUUAUCGUCCACAUCAUCAUCGAGUUCUUCGGGAUCAUCUUCCUCUUCAUCAUCACACUGGGUUCCUCCCCUGGUCAAUCGUGCUUCUCGUCCUGAUGCAGCUGCUUCACUGUCGAGGACACACUCUUCCCACCCGUCACAAGUACAGACUCUUAGUGAUCAAUUCAGCAAACAGACCAUUGAGGAUGCUGAAUAUGAGGGGGCCUCGCUGAACCGGGCUUCGUCGCACAAUGUUUAUACCGCCCAACCAGGACAGCCCGCCAGACUGACAUCAGAAGUGUCUCAGGCUACAUGGCCUCCGACUGAUUGGGGUGUUUCUAACUCGGCACAGACAUAUCCCGGAUAUCCCGGACACUCUCAGCAUGACCAGAGUUACACACCGGGUUAUGCCCCUGGCUAUAUACCAAAUGGUCCACCACCCCCGUUGCAGCCUCGACCAUCGUUGUCGCGCCCAUCGCCCCCACAGCCCUAUGGAUCAACGCAUGCAACGAGCCAUUCCAGAGUUAAUGAAUUUCCUUCAUUCAAUGGUCCUCCAGGAUCUCCGGGUGCAUAUCAUCCGCACGCGCCACACUCUCCGCCUCCGCCCCAUUCACCGCAUUCAUCCUAUUCCCCUCAUGCCCCUCCUCCCCAUCUUCCACCCUCGCCACAUCCGCCUCACUCACCGCACUAUUCCUACAUGCCUCCGCCAGGUCCACCUCCAGGCCGUCCUGAUGUACAGUUCCCGCAAGCUUACCCCGCACCACAGCACCCACCGCAGCCUCUGGACCCGUAUGGGUUCCCGUACCCGGCACCGGGCCCCCAGAAUGUGUAUGGCGGCCCGUACCCUCCUCCCCCUGGGCCGCCGCCUCCGCCGCCUCGACCCGGAUCGUAUCCGAACUCAGGCGCUCCGCUUAUGGACAGGAGACCUUCGCUCUCAUCGAAUCCCCUCGGAUACGCCGAAGCACGCCUACAGAACCUGGCACAGAGUGGGCAAAGACUCUGGAAUAAGCAUACUAAGUAACAAGAUACAUCAGCGAGCUACAUCUCAAUCUCCUUGUGGGUGAUAUAUAUAUGCGUCGUGUGGUCGAAACAAGUAC